AGCCUGGGCUCUGGGGACGGAGGAGGAGAGAAGAAGGGUAGACAGCCUUACUAGGCUGCCUGCCUGCCUGCCUGCCUGACUGACUGGAGGACUCAGCUCAUGUGGAUAAGGCCGAGGGUACUGCUGGAAGCUCAACAGAUCCCUGGUGGUUGUUUUUUAACCAGCAUAAUUAAACCAGAGGUGUUUGUAGGGAAUGAAUUAACUAAGAAAAUAUCUACUGAGGUGUGUCCACCAGAGCCAUCACUGUAAGAUGUGCCAAGGACACAAGCUCGCCUUCUCUUUCAUUUGCAGAGCACAUUCAGCUCUUAACACUCAGGUGGCUAACAUAAGCUCACAGGGCCAUUUGUAAAAAUAUACUGAGUUGUGCUUUGCUCCUUGAUUCCCUGUCAGCUGAGAGGAGUUUCCACUGGUGCUUGAGAAAAGACCACAGAGCACUCUCGGCUACCAGGUGGCUGCACGGAUUUGUUAUACUCCUGGCUCAGUGCACGAGAGUUUGGACUCUGGCCUCUGUUGAAAGAAGUGAAUAUACCUGAUCCGAAGACGGGAGCAACAGUUCAUGUCUUGGCCUUGACACAUCAGACAGCUGGUCGAUGUCAGCGGGUUUCCGCAGUUGGAGAUUCCCAAGCAUAUCAACACCUAACAUCAAUGAGGCCUCAAAUAAGGAUAUCAUUCCUUCACUGCACAGGAAUGUCCUGUCCUGGGGUGUGUGGCGGGGGCAAGAGGAGAAGGAGAGUGUGUCUCUUAGAGCAAUACCACACUCUGCCUACUCUCAGACUGCAGAUAGUGAAUCUUACAGUGGAGGUUCCAACCUGUUCAGGACUGCAAGUGUCCCAGAUGUGAUGGGAAGAAGUCCAAAGACAGCAUUUUCUUCCCUCACCAUCACAGCCCGGAAGGUUUUGCCAUCACUUUCUACCUCACAGGACCCUGUGUGUACAUCCACUCCAACACAGCCUGUGAAGGUUUCAAUGCCACCAAAACUACCAGAAACGUUUGGAGGAAGAGCCUUAUCCAUAUCCACGAACACAAAGAGAGUCUCAAACUCCCAACCAAAUGUGUGCAGACAGAAUCCUACCAUCGUGACGCCAAAUGAGUUCAGACAGGCUUACUCACCAGCUGAUGGAUUAGCAGUGAGCGAUCGAGGAAAGAGGAUAGCACAACUUGAACAGUGCAGACUGAGCUACACAGAGGCCAACAGAAAGCAGGCUGUGAUAGGUGGCUCAUUAAUGAACCUGUCCUCACAGCCUUCCUAUAGGUCUUGUAUCCAUCUUGAGGUGCCUCUGAGGACCACUAGCUCUGUUGUGUUUUUGGUCAAGUCACUUUCCAUUUCCUUUGUGGAACCGGAGGGAAGAAGAGUAGGUCAGUCCACUUUGUACAGGUCCACUUUGUCUGUACGCCUUGGUGUCUCAUCCUGCCACAGAUCCUCUACAGAUAAACCAGCCAAAACAAAUAAGGGUUACAGGAGACCCAGAGCGGCCACGUUGGGCCGUAACAAACGCAAUGGCAGAGAGAGUGGUUUGGGUCACUGCAGAGGCCCUCUAUCAAAGCACUGGGGCCGCAGGGUCGAGCAAAUAGCACCCGCUCAUGGUGUUAACAUCAAGCCAGAUGAUUCAGACACGCAGCACCACAGUCCUACUUUGGGAUUAUUGUCAUUCAGAGGGCCAUGCCCCUCAAACACAAGGGCUGGAAGGCAGAAGGGGAAUGCAGAUGAGGCAGCCUUCCCUACCCAGAGCAAUAUUAGGCACAGGCAGCACACUUCCAAUAUUGGCCCAGUCAACUCCAGAACAUGGACCAAGCAAGCAGGGAGCAAUAAGACAGAGGAUCAACAAGAACAUGACUGUUCCACAGAGCCUCAAAGAGUCUCCGCUUUGGAUAAGACCUGUUCCCGGCUGAAGGCUGAUUCUCUGGAAGACCCACCCAAGACUCUCAGCCUCAAAGAGGCUUUGGAGCUCUUCAGGCCAGACUUCAUCAGCAGAUCUCAGGGUCGGGUGAGGAGGUUGGAGCAGAGAGCUAGGAGAAGGAGAGCGCUGCAGGACUCCAAUCCAGACCUGGUGAAGGGCCACAGGGAGGAUCAAUGCAAACAAAAGAGGAACUGCACCACACCAGAUCCACUUAGUGAUAACCUUUUCAAGCCAAGAGAGAGGUCUAUAUCAGGCAGAGAGAUGCAGCUGAGGUCCAGACGAAUUUACAACAAGCUGCCGGAGAUGACAAAAAAAAAGGAGGAGGAGAAAAAGAGGGCUGUAUCACAAACCAACAGACUGCGAGCAGAGGUCUUUAAAAAGGUAGAGUUGGGAUUUAUUUUCGGUACAAAAAUAAGUUCAACAUUUAUUACUUACAGGAAGCACAAUCUUGCAACAAAAGAUGCUUCAAAUCCCAAACAUAAAACUCAAUUUAUAACACUGUGCGUUAACUGUUUUCUGAAGGUAUCGCAUGCUGUUUAACACUGCACCAGGGUCUCAUUUUAAAAUCUGAAUGUUUUUUGCAAGAAAUGGUGUUGCAGGUGUAGAUGUUAGUCACUGUGGUCUAGUCACACUCAUUUGUCACCCAGGAGGUGGGCAGUGGUUAGGUACAACAAUUUAUUUUAUUUACUUUCUUUUUAGUGUUGAAAAACAAUAUUACAGUCACCUCAGACAAUUCCCCUUACACUAAAUUAGGCUGACCACAGUCAUCUUAUAAUUGGCUGGGGGAUAAGAAAUCUGCACAGCAAUACUUUAACAUAUCUAGUGUGUCAUAGUGUUUUUUUUUAUUGGAUUUGAAUCAUUUUAUUUAUGUAUCUUUAACAUGUUAAAGGGAGAACACUUAUUUCCAUCAAGGUCCAAAGAUGUUAAAAGACAGACACAAAACAUGUAAAAUAAAAUUAAACAAUAGUAUAUAAAAAGACAAAAUAAGAAGUGUGAAUUAGACCAAAAAACAAAUAAUACACAUAAAUACAACAAUAAUAUAGUGCAUAUUUUGAUUUAUUUUGGUGUUAUUGUAAUGAAAUAGAUCUAGAUGACAAAAAAAAACGAAAAAUGGUUUGAUAAUCAUCCAGCAGAGGUCACUGUUUGACUGCUAAAGCCAUAUCCUCUGUCAUUUGGCCAAAAUAAAUGUGCAUUCAACGUUUCUAUUCAUUUUCCUCAUAUUUCAUGUGAAAUCUGUUACUUUUCAAUGUUUUCUUCAAAAUCAGAUCAGGAAACACUAAAGAACCUUCUCAUCACUCAUGCUAAAACUAAACCCUUACUGCAUCACAAGUCCAUUUCACUCUUUAUAACACAGUGAGAUUGUAGCUUUCAGCACUGUAGAAACCAAAGCUCAAGCAGUAAUAACUAAAUAUUACAUAUUCUAGGCCCUGCUGACAUGAUGCAUAGGACCUGCUUUAACAGGCAGUAUCCACGUCCUCCAACAGUGAGGGGCAUGUGGCAAAUGAAUGAUAUAUUUAGGACAUGCAGUGUCAGACAGAUCCAUUCAGCUUCACUUGUAGGUGAGCCUUCACUCACUCUCCCAUUAUAACCUAAACCACAACAAUGAAUUUGCUGUCACUCAGGUGAGAUGUGAAAAAUGUGAAGAGAUGUCUCCAAUCUUAUACAGAUUACACAAUCAUGGCAGCUUCAGAUAUUGUGUGUGUGUAUGUGUGUGUGUGAGAGAGAGAGAGAGAGAGAGAGAGAGAGAGAGAGAAUGUAUGUGUGUAUGAGUGUUUUUUACCAAGAUGUUUUUCAAGAUGAUCUCAAGAUGAUUGGCUUCUCUCUCGUUUGCCAAUGUUUAGGUAAACUGUUUUGCCACGGGCCUCCAACAAUUUUAAUUUUUAAGGAAACAGUGAAUCUACAGUAAAUCAGCGUUGUGUGCUUUACUGACACAGCCAGCAACUACAGAGCAUAGUGUGACGUAAAAUGGCUCUGUAAGAGAAUCUUGGGGAAAAUGGAGCAUUCACGACUGUUACGAUGCCAGCGUGACCUUGCCACCUCUCAAAUGAAGCUAUUAGCCAGGCUCAACCACAGUGAGAUUGGGGGGAAAGGAGUGUGUUCCUCCUAGAUAAACACUGAGUCGUGUGUGCUUUAGAGACCUCAUUUUUGACAGAAAAAGUCUCCAACACACACACAGAGAAGAGUCACAGUGGGGUCUGAUAGUGCGGGGUAGAGGGUGGACGGUUUUGAAUGCUGGCUGAAAUGAGAUUCCAGCUGUUGGGUAGUACUGUAAGAGGAGGGUGAUAGCAUAGCGGGGUGUUUGGUCAGAUAGCAAGCUAGAAUUAUGUCCCCUACCUGGGCUUGGACACCUCAGGGGUGAGGGUGAUGGAAGUGGAAGCCAAUUUAGCAGCAGGAGUCACUCCUGUGUGAUGCAGAGCUGCUCUUAAGAGAUUGAGGGAGGGGAGUCUGAGUGCAGAUAGAUAGAUGGGGUUCUUGAUCUGUUUUUUUUGGGGGGGGGGGAGUUAUCGGUGCCAUUGUUGUUUUUCUUGUUUUGCAGAGACUUCUGGACCACAUCCUGCAAAGAUAAAUGAGAGACACUGAAAGGCAAAUGGAGUUAAUUCAUUGACCAUUCUGAUUCUUCAGUUCUCUCCAUGUACAUUAAAUAUAACUUUGUAUUUAAUUAAAUCUUCUAUGCAAAUCAUUUCCAUGCCAGUGCAUAUGUAUUCAUUUAUUAAUUUUAUCAAUUUCUGUUAAAUAUCCUGUUUUAUAUUUGCUAUUUGCAUCCUGACUGCUUUACAGAGCAAAGAAAUGCAACAACAGGAACAAAAAUUUGAUUUGUUGAUUUUCAACAAGCUUCUGCAGUUAUCAGGCUGACAGGAAGACACGAUUAGUUUUCGUUAUUUGUCGCCAGUAUUUAUCUUUAUGAUUUGAUUUGACAUGUAACAAAGACACCUACUGUAGAUGUUUUUGCUUAUGCCACAGUGGCAGUUUAUGAAAUAAAUAAUAUACUGUAAGUAUUCUAUAGAUGAAAAUUGUAUAUGAUGUUCAAGGUGUAUGCUAUUAAGUUAAUUGUUGUUGUGUAAAGCAAUGAAUUUGUAAUCUGUCUUCAUGCUAAAAUUAUCACCCAAUGAUUAAAUGCUAUACAGAUUAUUCAUAUAAUUUUACUCUUUUCUUUCCUAAUGAUUUGAUUCCUUAUCUAUAAUCUUAUUUUCCUCUAAUGUAUCUCAAGUAUCUCAAAAUGAAAUAAA